UAACAAAAAGUGUUAAGACCUUCAAGAUGGCAGCGGCGGCGUCUGGUCUAUUUUAAUUUCCAUCUGGCACCGUGGCGCUUAAAGUCUGCCCAGCCGGCCUCAGCUCUGGCCAAGUACUUAAAAUAUAAUUAUGGCCUAAAUACCCCCAGUGAUCGGGGCACCGCCGAGCCCCGCCCACCGGGGCGCGGGGCGGGGCCACGUGCCCGGCCCGCCACUCAGCGCCUGCCCCGGCCCAUUAACUUGGCGGCAAUGGAGGCACGAGAGGUUUGUCUUUUUGCACGAUCAAGGCGAAUAUUUACCGAUACCUGUAUUGACAGGGUUUGUCUUCAGGUGCUGAUUACGAUGACUGGUUCACACGGAGGGGACUGCAAGCACAAUGGUGUGUGCCUGGGUGUUCGUGUGCCCCAGGGCGGAUAUUGUGGGAGGGGCCUGGGCGGGCACCGGAGUGCCAGGCAGCGGGCCACCGCCUACCCGCCGUGCCCGCCCCCCGGCUGGUGUCGGGGGCAGCAUCUGGCACCGCUAUAUUUACUGUGUCGUUACCGUGCCCUGAGGCGGAUUUUUUCCACAUCAGUGAUUCGCGGGAACCUUCGGGGCGCCAAGAGGGUCAGGUCUGCGUCAGGCCGCGUCUGGCACCGAAAAGAACAUCGUGACGGCCGUGUCCUAACGAAAUUAGGAAUUUUUAUGCUUGUAUAUAAUUACGCCAUUUUUUCUUGGCAUCGCGGUGCAGGCGUCGCCGCCGUGAUGGUUUAGCGCCGCGUGCCUCGAGGCUUCCGGCUUGAGGGUUUGAGGUCGCGCCGUGCACUCACAUUAGGAUAAUAAAAAGAAGUGGCCCCGAGGCGCCAGCGUCCCGCGGGGUGGCAGGGCGCCGCGAUGCGAGGCGCCUAAACUUUGCGACUGCACGUUGAGAGAGAAGAAACUCCUGCGUGGAAGCCGACGCGGCGCCGAGUGCGGGGUGCCGCCAACCCUCCGGGAUCGCCGAAGUGUAGCCCACUCCCGACUGAGUCCGGUAUCCUGUGGAGGACCAAAGAUGUCUCGCUCUCGCUCCUUCCUGAUCCGGGACUUGCUGUGGGGGCAAGAUCGGCGCGGCGAGGCGGAGACCCGCGGCGGCGGGGACGAUUUGGGUUUGGACCUCACGACGCGGCCACUGGGCUGCUCCCGGGCGACGCAGUGCUCGGACUCCCCCGCCGCGUCGACGGAACAGAGUCUUUUUUCGUCCGACAUCGCCGCGUCCAGCCCUGUGGAGACCCCCAACGCGAGGCGCACAACGCCGCUGCUGCAAUUCACCGCCGCUGACGAUGACCCCGCCAGCCCCGGGGGCCGCGGCGGGGCGAAGAGGCGUGCUGGGCUGUGUGUGUGUGGCAAAGAGGCGCAGGGAAGCUGCGUGUGUGUGAGUGCUGCCGCGGCGCCCCAGGGCCUUGAAAGCAGCACAAGGUGGGUGCCUCAGGUUCCCCGCGUAGGCACUGGCCAGGAUCCUGACUUUCACGAGGGGCCGCGACGCUCCUCUGCCUGCCACAGCCUUUCCGACGACGCAGGCGGCGGCGACAUCGGCGGCAGUGGCGGCUGUGAUUUGUCCUGGCGGUCACGCGCGUCGCCCACGCCUACGCCGUCACCCUCCACGCCGCCGCUGCAGUCACCGCCGAUCUCCCCGUCCGUGCCCCGCCGGAGGACUCCUUCGCCGCCCACGUCCUCCCACCUACCCGCCCUCCUGCCCGGCUUCCCCCCACCGGCGUACAGCGGUUCGCGGGGCUUCCUGAGGCCCGAGAAGGUGUUGGACGUACGGCGGCUGCUGCCUCUCCCCGGCGGUCGCGGCCAGUACGGCGGCGUGCCCCUCGUGGCGCCGCAGCACCACCACCACCACUACCUGUGGGCGGCGCGCUACUCUUCGCUCCUCUCCUCCCUCCCGCUGCAAGACUACGAGGUGACGAGUCCCAGCACCUCCCGAAGCAGCAGCCCGCCCGUUCCUGUCCCUGUUCCUGUCUACGUGCGGACCCGCCCCACCGCCCUGCCGGAUACCUCCACCAAGAAGUGCCGUCGAUCUCGCACCGUGUUCACAGAGCUGCAGUUGGUGGGUUUGGAGCGGAGGUUCGAGGCGCAGAAGUACCUGAGCACACCUGACCGCGUGGACCUGGCGCGAUCCCUGGGCCUGACGCAGCUGCAGGUGAAGACGUGGUACCAGAACAGGCGGAUGAAGUGGAAGAAGCAGGUCAUGCAGGAGGGCAGCAAGGAGCCUCCCACGAAACCCAAAGGACGCCCAAAAAAGAACUCCGUCCCAUCCUUCGCCGAGCUCCAACGGCAGAAGGAGAGGGAGGAGGAGGAGGAGCAGGAGGAGGCAAGAAGAAGAAGAAGCGCAACUCAAACCCAGGAGGAGGAGGAAGACGAAGGAGGAUCAGAAAGAGGAGGAGGAGGAGGAAGAAUCUCAACCUCAUCUCUACACGUGGACGAGGAAGAAGAGGAGGAGGAAGAGGAAGAGGAGGAAGAGGAGGAGGAUUUGGACGUGGGGGUGGAGAGAGGGGUGUCAGGAAUGGAGGUACCCGCCCAGACGAGGGAGUGA